AUGUCUGCUAUUGCCACUAAGCCAAGCCACGGCCUUCGUCUCGACGAGCCGAUUAUACCCAGUAGCUCUCAACCUAGGGAGGACACAGAUGAAAGCCUUACACACAUACAGAAUGCCUUUAAGGCUGGCAAGGAACACGUCGUCCCAUGGACAUCCCAAGAGGAUGCACGGAUAGAACAAGCCAUGAACGACCUUGGCUCUUACCUGACUGAACUUGACCAUUCUCUCUCUUAUGAGGGAACGGACAAGAAAGUUGUUUGGCGAAAGUCUUGCUGGUUCGCUAGCCACGGCAUAGGUCAUCCGUUCCUAGAUUCUGAGGAUGACAUCGCCAAGUUUGACGGUGAUCUUAAGGAUGGUCUUACUGGUCUUCAAGCUCUGCGUGACUCGAGGAUUCGAGACUCUAUGCAUUGUCUAAAGGCUUCCUUGGACAGUGCUCUGGUGAAGACCAGUAUGGCUGUUGGUAUCGAUGCAGACAUGGUGCAGCGAUGUACUGUUCGGUAUCGUGCUAUCAAGUAUACGCCUCAUGCUGGCGCCCCUGGUGGCAUUGGCCUUCAUCCUGAUGGUAAUCUCCUGUCUGCACUCAUCACAAAUGGACCUGGACUUCGUGUCUAUGACCUCGAUGGAACUGUGCGUUUUCCUGGAUACAAGGGCACGAUUAUGAUGGGUGGAUCUACACUUUAUCGUUGGGCUAAUGAGUUUCUUCCAACAUUUCAUGAUGUCGAUAUCAGCGGGGACGAAGUCAAGGUUUCCAUCGUGGCAUUCUUCAACUUUCCCGAUAUGGAGACAAUACCAAGAGGUUUACGCACUGAGGGAGACGGCUUCUUUCAUGAUAUUCGACGCAUCAAGGAGGAUGAUAAGUUGCCUAACGGAGAGCUAUCGGCGCUUUGGGAUAUUAUUAUUGAGAAUCAUAACUUAUCGCUACCGCCAGUUCGCGCAAGCGGAUGA